UCCCUCCGUCCGUGGCAGCCGCGGAACUAGGAAGCGGUCGGCUUCUUUGUCAUCUUCCUCGCCCGCGGUGGCAGCUAUGGGCUCGGUCACUUUUCUACUGCUGCUGCCCGGCGUCUUGCUGGGCCUAUGUGCCGAAGAGAGCCUUCUGCCCGGCCGACGUUUGUUACUGCAAAGAGGUUUGGAAGAAAUGGUUUUGGGAGGCCGACACCGCGCUUGGCCCUUGGACCUGGAGGACCUGCCGUCGCUUGAAUCGGGGUUCUUAGGGCUUUUGCAGGAGCCGCAGCUGGAUCCAGAGUGCAAGGAGCUCUUGAAUGCCUUCGCCAACAGCAGCCUAAGAUUGGCUAGCUGCUUAAUACAGAGCGCCCGGCCUGUGACGCUCUGCCAGAACUGCUAUCACCAAUUCGGGGAAGUCAUGCAGCAGUUCAACAACAUCGAGAAUACUACUAAGAGUAACCGUUGUGCCCAAAGUCUCUUGAUGUCAGACAGGCUACAGAUGGUUGCACUUGUGAACAAGUUUUUUAAUGACACAUGGAUAAAAGCUAACUGUGCAAAUUGUUUAAACCAGAAGCAGGAAGGCUUAUCAGCUGGUACAGUGAUGUUCCUGGCCUUAUACAAUGAAUCAAUGGCAUGCUUUAAACAGAACCUCCAGGAAGGGAACCUGCUACCAAGUAACUACUCAGAGGUCUGCAAGAACUGCAAUGGUACAUAUAAAAACUUGAGUUCUCACUACAGUGAGAUACAGAAGAAUGAGCAUCAAGAGGAAUCUGGAGAACAGUUUCAUCUGUGCAUUGAUAUAGAGGAUGCAAUGAACAUCACACGAAGGCUGUGGAGCACAACUUUUAAUUGUUCUGUCCCCUGCACAGAUACAGUGCCAGUGAUUGCAGUUUCUUUGUUCAUUUUCUUUCUACCACUUGUUUUUUACUUGAGUACCUUCCUUCAUUCAAAGCAGAAAAAACGCAUCCUGAUUCUGGGUAAGCGCAUCCACUCAAAUGCCAGCUUUGCGAGCAUCCAAGAUAAAUCCAACUGAGCUGUAUGAUGCAAUGGGAUAUUAAUUUGAUUGUUCUGAAGACAAUUAUAAUUUAACUUUACAUCAUGCUGUAAUAAAAGACUCUGUGUCUCAGAUAGGUGUAUGCACUAUUGUGCAAUAGUUCUCAGGGGGAAGACAUGACCUCCAGAGACGAAAAAGAAACUAUAUUCCUUCCUUCAAUCCUUUUUGAACUUUUAUCUUACUUCCUGAUUGGUAAUGUUUUUAUACUUAUAUAAUGGAUCAAUAACAUUGACUUCCAUAUAUGAUGUGCUUACACGAACAUUCCUUUCUAAUUCUUACCUGAAUGCGGAUUUAUUUAAAAGUUAUCAUUAUUGAAAAAUGAAAAAAAAUGAAUUCAAUGGUUUAAUAUUUAUUAGCAGACAAAUCUUAGUGUUUAGUCUACAUUACUACUUAAAAUGCUAUUUGGCUCAGAAAUAAAAUUUAUUAGAAUUAUAAUAAUUACAGAGUUUGACUUAAGGAAAAAUGUCAUGUCUUGCUAUUUCUAGUGUUGUAUACUUGAAUAAGCUCUUAUCUCUGUUGGCUGGUUAAAAGCAAGAUUAAACUAACUGAAACUCUGUAUACUCUACCCCUAAAACUAUUUUUAUCAAGUGGCUUUGUAUGUAAGGGUACAUAGUAUAUUUAUUAUAAUUUACAGACAGUAUUGUAUUGUAUUUGUAUAUACUGCCUUGGAAAAGUUACCCAAACUAAAAGAAAAAAAAAAGCUGAACAGCUUGGGGAAAUUGGGUUAAGAGAAUAGAAAGAAUUAAUAUAUACAUUAUAGGGAAAAGUGAUUUAUUUAUUGUUUUGAAAGAAUAAUUUCAUAGUAUUUAAAUAACAAAGAAUAUGGAUAGAUUUGUCUAUCAUUUUAUUAACAAGUAAACAUGAAGAUAAUUGCAGGCUCUCGGUGUCUGUUUGCAGUAGAACUUAGUGAUUUAACAAAAAGUACAUUUCGAUCUUGGGGCUUCUGGGAGGCGAUGGAAAUACUGCACAUUUCUCUCUCUGCAGAUGGAGAAGAAGCUGCUAAAAUGGUGUUCUCUUAAAUAGCGUAGAAUAGUCCUCAGCUGAAGUUGCCUUGCCAGCCAAGCUUUGCAGCUAGCAGUAACAAAAAAAAAAUGAAGACAUUGAGGAAAAGUCAAGGGUAUCAUUGGACAAGCUUUGGUUGGGCUCAUAACAUCAUAUUGAACUGUGAUUUUUUUUAAUAAUAGUUUUCUCAAGAAACCAAAAUUGACUUGGUUUAUGUAACAUGUUAAGCCAGGGUGAAGAAUCCAGUCCCUCGUUACCUCAUUAGAGGAUUGGCUAAAAUUUUUGGAACCAUUUUUUUUUUAAAUUUUUGGAGGGAUUAAAGCUAUCCUUAAAAACUCUAAAUUCCCUCUAAUAGACCAUUGUUUCCUUUUUGGCUGAAUGAGCCUUGUCAAUCAUUGCUCUUGGUGCUGGAAUAAAUGAAAAACUUCUGAAGCUAGUGUAGUUAUUAUCCUCCCCAUUGGAUCUAAUGAAAAACAAGAUUAAAAGUAAGGUUUUUAUUUAAAAAAGAAAAUUUCCCUAUUUCCUCCCCCAUAUCUGUCUAGUUGGUGCUGAAUACAACAUAAGAAUAAUUUGCAUAUAGAUUAUGCAGUAUAUUCAGGAAGGCAGUUGCUUAAUUAGUUAUUUCUACCCAAGAAUGCAAAAGUUGUUGCAUGGCACUCCUAAAUAGUUUGCAGAAUCUCUUUUUAAGUAGCUUGGUGGAAGCAGCAGUAGAUUAUUGUUGGAAAAGCAAGGGCUUUAUACCAAACAACUUCUAAUGAAUGGAAAAUGCUUUGGGGGUGGGGUGGGAUGAAGGAAUAUAUCCAAUUAUGAAAUGUCAUUGUUUCAUCCUAAAACUAAAUUUUUCCAUCUGAGUCACAAUUGGCUCAUGAUACUUGUUCAGUGCAGAUUUGGAAAAAGUUGGGGUGUUAAGCCAUUCUUAAUCAAAUGAACUGCUCUGAUUGAUGCUGAGUUGCUGGCUAUAUUUUAAUGAGAUCCACACACACUUAUGACUGUAUAAUAGUAUUAGUGACAAGCUAAUCAUAUUUGAUCAGCAGGGCUAAGCUGAUUUGAAAUAAAAAUAUGCUGACUUCAAGAGAGUUCUGGAUUUGGGCCAGAAUUACAAAAAAUGGACAGGUAAUUAUUGUAGAACAUGACCUGUAUGUUGAAUGAAAUAAUAGAAAUAAGAACAUAUGCAACAUAGGUCCUGAAAAAGAUUUGUAUGCCACUGAUACAACAACCUGCCUACUGGCAUGUUACUUUUUAUAUUUUAAGAUAGCUAUUUUUCUAUACAGACAUGUAGAUUUAGUCAUAUCCUGCCCUUUAAUAGCAUUACAUUGAUUUGAGGCAUCACAUGAUGGGGAAUGGCUCAAAGCAAUCUUUUACUUAUGCUGUGAGAGAUUUUGUGCAUAGAAAGGCACAAUAUAACAGAUUUGCUUAUUAGUGGCUUUUUAAAGACAUUUGCAUUAAAUAUGUCUGAAAGUCACUACUUUCUAGGAUGGUGACUAAGCACUUUUCACAAAAGGUGUUUUGAUGAUUUGAUGAUUUCCUUAGUUUUUAAGCCAAAUGAAAAGAAUUUUCUAUUGCUUUUCUGUAUAAAUGUAAAAAAGGAGAGACCUAAGUUAUUUCUAAACUUGAAGAUAGCUGUUUUAUGAUACAAUAAUAUAUUUUUCAUAUUGUUUAAAUUGCACAUGAUAUAUACAUGUCUUGUUAAUGUAUUUUCCCUUGUCUUUGGUUUCAAUUUUAAACUUAGUGUACAUGUAAAACUUCUCCAAUAACUAGCCAAAAAAAGUCUAAUAAAGGUAUGUUCUUUACAAUUA